ACAACACAAAGAAACAAAAUCCCAAACAUACCCAAAAACAAGAAGCGAGAGAGAGAGAGAGGGGAAGUCGGCAGCAGCUCGGCGAGGGAGAAGGAUCCCCUCCCCGGAAUGGCGAUGGGCGACGCCAAGCCCUCGGUGCACAUCCCCAUGCCCGCCCGCGACCGGGACCGCGAGCUGCUGCUCGUCCCGCCCGCCUCCGCCGCCGCCGCUGUGUCCCCUUCCGCCGCCAGCCCCGACUCCGACGACGAGUCUAAGCCUUCCUCCGCCUCCGCCGCCUCGGCCGCCGCGCAGACGGGCCGUGAGGCGUUUCAUAAGGUUGUGCAUAGCUGGGCGUCCAAGAAGUUCAUGACCGGAUGCGUAAUCCUCUUUCCAAUUGCCGUUACAUUCUAUAUCACAUGGUGGUUCUUUCGCUUCGUGGAUGGAUUUUUCUCGCCAAUAUAUGCUCAUCUUGGAAUAAAUAUAUUUGGACUUGGUUUCGUAACUUCAAUAUCAUUCAUUUUUGUGGUUGGUGUGUUCAUGUCAUCUUGGCUGGGAGCAUCUAUCCUUGGUCUGGGAGAGUGGUUUAUAAAGCGAAUGCCAUUUGUUCGCCAUAUUUACAAUGCAUCCAAGCAGAUCAGUGCUGCCAUUUCACCUGAUCAAAACAAACAUGCAUUCAAGGAAGUGGUCAUUAUAAGGCAUCCCAGAAUUGGCGAAUAUGCAUUUGGAUUUAUUACUUCAGAAGUUCUACUUCAGGGUUAUUCCAGUGAGGAACAGAUGUACUGUGUAUAUGUACCAACCAAUCAUCUAUACAUUGGGGACAUAUUUCUGGUCAACUCAAGUGAUGUGAUUAGACCAAACUUGUCUGUUCGUGAAGGCAUUGAGAUUGUUGUGUCAGGGGGCAUGUCAAUGCCUCAAGUUUUAUCCAUAGUCGAAACCGAGCAGAACCAAUGGAAUAGGAUGAGAUCUAGUCGAAGCUAAGAUAACCUCCUACUUGCCAGAGUCCAUUUGUAAUUCUAUGUUACUGGUUCCUGUAAGUACAAGGAUAGGAUCCAAUAGAAUGUACAGUUCUCCUUGCUGGAUGCAAAUCAUGCGGCA